AUGGAGGCCACCCAGGAAUCCACCCAGCCAUGCGCAGAUCCGAGGCGCAUGGGUCUGAACAACUCGGGUCUCCAAGACCAAGAUUUAGCUGAUAUCAUCUGCAUUCUGCAUCCAACUUCACAUUCAGCCCACGAUGCUGUGGCUGCCACCGCUAGUACUGGAUCACAACACAUUCUUCAACGCGAUACCUUGGAUUACGAGGCCUCGGAGACAGCUGCCAUCGACGUGGCGUUGCUGGGCUUCAAUUUUGGACGUAACCAGGCGCGGUGCGAUGUGCUUUUGGCCGCGAAUGAGGAGGCGAAGCGGGUUUCCAACUGCCAUUUUCGCAUCCAUUUGACAGGCGAUGGUAUUAUCAUGUUACAAGACACGUCCACAAACGGCACCAUAGUAGACAACUGUCGCCUACGCAAAACCCAGAAGGAUAAUAGCCGAAUGCUCACCAAUGGUUCAGUGAUCCAGGUUGUCACGGGAAAUCAUGGUUCGGACGAGGUCCGGUUCGUGGUGCGAAUUCCCUCGCGCGAAGGGUUUGUUAUGCAAUACACGCAGAAUCUUUAUAUCGUGUCCAACAAGCCCUUGCAGCUUCUGGUCAGACGAAAAACCGACAAACCCCCUCAGCCGGUUCUACCAUGGUCGGUUGCCAAUGCAUACGGAAUGCAUUGGACCGGUGGCUCCGUCUACAACGUUACCGGCCAGAUUGGUAAAGGCGCAUUCGCGACUGUGUACAAGUUGGCGACCAAGCAGCAUGGAGCCAUCUACGCGGCGAAGGAACUUGAUAAGCGGCGAUUUAUGAAGAAUGGCAUUCUGGAUCAAAAGGUGGACAACGAAAUGAAGAUCAUGCGAGACCUUAGACAUCCCAACAUCGUUCAGUACAUUGAUCACCACGAGCAUGAACGAUGGAUCUACAUCAUUAUGGAAUAUGUCCCCGGUGGGGAACUGUCCACAUAUCUGCAUAGCCAUGGCAAGAUUCCCGAGCACAUGGUUCGAACAAUAACCCGUCAACUUCUUCGGGCACUUCACUACCUCCACAAGCGCCGGAUUACCCAUCGCGACAUCAAACCUGACAAUAUCCUUAUUUCGUCUCUUGAUCCCCUUCGUGUGAAGCUCUCUGACUUCGGCUUGUCGAAAGUGACCCAGGAAGAGACCUUCCUUAAGACAUUCUGUGGCACACUUUUGUACUGCGCCCCGGAGGCUGUAGAUAUGUGGUCCCUCGGUGCAGUGUUGUACCACAUCCUGUCUGGAGUGCCGCCUUUUUCGGGUCGUGCUGAAGACCGAGGCGUAGCGAUGCUCCGUAGUAUUAUGACAACCGAGGUCGACUUUGACAUCCUGCGACGUGAGGGAGUAUCCGAGGAUGGCAUCGAUUUCGUCGCCAAUUUAUUGGAGCGAGAUCCAUUUGCACGCCCCACAGAGAAGGAUUGUUUCAAGCAUCCGUGGAUUGUAGAUGUGGCCGAUGUGGAUGAGUAUGAAGACGACGACCUGCUGGCCGAACCUCGGGAAGGCUUGUCAGUGAUCGGGGAGGAUGUAGAAGAGGAGCUCGACGCGUCUCAGCUCUCGCUUCACGACAACUACACCUACCAAGCAGGGCCAGACGACUCUAGCAGCAACGAAGCAUUGGCUAAGAGACCUCGCAUCGACUACCUCCCUGCAGAUAUCCACUAUCCGUCUCUUCCGCAAAUCGAGAGCUUUCAGGAUGGGCAGGUGUAUGCCGAGCGCCAGGCACAACAAGCAAGACUGUUUGGUGAAGUCGCACCCUCCGCCCUUCGAAGCUCUCACGCGCUGGGCAACGCCCAGGAAUGGGACGGCGACGGCUUUGACGCUGAGAACUUUGCUUCUUCCGGUGAGUCGAUGAGCGAUGAAUACAGCGUCCACUCGAUCGUCUCCCUCCCGGAACAUCCAUUUGGCGGCACUGCACCCAGCUUGAUGGGGGCGGAGAAUCUCGUUGGACGACUGAACAUGAACUCUUCGCAUCCUCUUCUCCAUCCUCAAUCCGGCCCCGUUAACGAUAUCUCCACUCGACAGACCAGCCCUGGAGAGCAGAAGAAACCCAUGAGUCCCAGUAGCUCUUCUGCAGAAGAAUACCCCCCUACCACUUCCGGCGCCCAAGAAGAAACCCCGAAAGCCCCCAAGGUCUGUGCCCGCCGCGUCGAAAUGGAGCUCCCAGAAACCGCCAGUGAACGCUCAAGCAGCGCCAGUGCUAGUGGCCAGAACCCAGCCCCGUUUCCAGCGCGAACUUUAGCUGCUGAGUUUGACCCAGAGCUCGCUACUACUCUCGACGCCCAGACUGGCCAAGCUAUCCUUGACCAAGUUCGUGUUACCGAAGCAGAGCCUUCGGACAUCGUCUUAGCAAUUCCAAGUUUGCCAAACCCCCCUAAGGUUCUUGGGCGGUUGAAGAGUCUUCCAGGAUCUGCUCUGGACUUGAAUAUCCGCUUGGAGGGCCGAAUGACAUCGUGGGGCCGCGGGCCGCAGGCGACAAUCCGCUAUGAAGAUGUCAAUGAGACUCGAAUUCCAGCAUAUGCACUGGAGAUCACCUUUUGGGCCCCCGGGCUUACAGUCAAGAUUGCCGAGGGCCAAGACUGGAUGCAAGUCCCCGGCGUGAUGGCAGUGUUGUCAACCAAGACCCGCAAAUGCAUCUGGGUGAACGGAACCGAGCUGCGGCGCGGGUCAACUACUGCUAGCGGAAGGGAAGAAUUCAACUUUGGCAAGCUGUACACCGGUGAUAUCAUUACUGUUUUCAAGGGCAAGACCGGAAGUCUCCAUCUGCGCUGCGAGUUCUUCCAUGGCGAAAGCGCCAACCCACGACCUGCGCACGAGGCUGGAUUCCACGUUCGCCGAGCGCUGGACAACACAAGCGACGGAGCAAACCGAAAGGCGAACCGACAAGUGCGGCCGAAGCAGGAGAAACAACCUCAGGCGGUUUCAACCUGA